CGCUUGCGCAGCUGCGUGGGGAGGGGAGCAGUUGGAACGUCUAGGCUGCUGAUGGGAUGGGGUUAAGCGUCAGAGCCGUUUUCUUUGACCUGGACAACACGCUCAUCGAUACCGCUGGGGCGAGUAGAAAAGGCAUGUUGGAGGUAAUAAAGCUCUUACAAUCAAAUUACCAUUACAAAGAAGAGGCUGAAAUAAUUUGUGACAAAGUUCAAGUUAAACUCAGCAAGGAAUAUUUUCAUUCUUCCAAUGCAUGCAUUACUGAUGUAAGGAUUUCACACUGGGAAGAAGCAAUUCAGGAAACCAAGGGUGGUACAGCCAAUAAGAAAUUGGCUGAAGAAUGUUACUUUCUGUGGAAAUCUACACGUUUACAGCAUAUGACACUAGCAGAAGAUGUCAAAGCCAUGCUCACUGAACUUCGAAAGGAAGUCUACUUACUUUUAUUAACAAAUGGAGACAAGCUGACCCAGAGGGAGAAGAUCGAGGCUUGUGCCUGUCAGUCCUAUUUUGAUGCUGUUGUUGUAGGUGGAGAACAGAAAGAAGAGAAACCAGCACCUUCCAUAUUUUAUUACUGCUGUGAUCUCCUCGGAGUGCAGCCUGGGGACUGUGUGAUGGUUGGUGACACACUAGAAACUGAUAUACAAGGAGGUCUCAAUGCAGGGCUGAAAGCAACAGUCUGGAUAAAUAAAAAUUCAAUAGUUCCACUGAAGUCAUCACCCAUACCACAUUAUAUAAUCUCUUCUGUGCUAGAGUUACCUGCUCUCUUACAAAGUAUAGACUGCAAAGACAGUAUGUCAGCUUAAAACAAAUAAAAGCGAAUGGCUAUGUAUUUUACAGGGUUUGAACUAAGAAAAAUUAAGGCAUUCCAUAUACUAUGUCCUAGUUCUAAGAAUAAUUUUACUUAUGAUUUAAUAGCCAGCCAACUAUUGACUGCUAUUUAUAUCUGGAAAUCUAUAAUAAAUUAAUACAAUUUACUUUUCAUAGUGUGAUUGAGAAAACUUGAAGAAAUAUUUGUUAAUCCAUGAUGAGGUUUUAAAAAAUUUUUUUACGAAUCUUUUAGCAUCUUGGAUCCAAGAAGAUAACAAGCAGGAUAGUUUAUACAUAGGAGGACAAAUACAAGUUUUAUGUACUGGCUUAAAAGUAGAUAUUUUUAGAAUAGAAAUCCUAAAACAUAUGUAAUAUAGGUUUACCAGAGCAACUGAAUCUGGAUAAUAUGAAAUAAGUACUAAGUUACAUUCAAAUUGAGGCAGUUCAUAGAUUAUUUUGUAUAUAUUUGAAAAAAUAUAUAUACUAUUUUUACCUACUUUAAAUGUAUACUUUCUUUUGUAAAUCUUAAUUUUUCUGCAUUACCUUUUUUUGAGGAGGGGCUCUAAUUUUCAUAUGGUAUAAACAUGACAGAUUCCGCCAGUAAAAAAAAAAAGCUGUGAAAAUCAUCAACAUCUGGUGCUCCUUUUCCAUGACAUCAUCACAUUGUCCUGGAGUGAACUUAUGGUUUUUGUUAGUCUUUACCUCUUCUGGAAAUAUUUUUACUAUCCAUAACCAGGCACACAAUGGAGUUGAGGGGACUGGUCUGUCUUUCUGAAGAUAAAUGCACGCCACGAAAAGUCAUUUUCCUGGGAGAACUGUAAUAGCAUAAACAAUAAAACAUUUAAAUUAAAAAUCAUUUUCCUUUUGUGGAUACGUCAAAGGGGAGUUGUCUUGAUACAGCCUUUCUAGGUGCUCCUUCCCCAACUUCUAGCUAUUCUCUACUGACUGAACAGUUUCACCCAUAGGAUGAAAACUAACAGAAAAUUAGGUUUUUCUAUGAACCAUUUUCAGAGUGCCAUUUUAAUAUUUGACUGGCUCUCCUUAAUGUUACCAUUUGUCUUAAGCCUCCUGCUUUUCAAAUUUUGGGAACUAUAAUACUGUUAUACAAAUUUCUCU